AUAUAUACAAAUACAUAUGUUGAAGUAGACAAUUGGUCUUUGCCUUAUAGGGGCGUUCUAAUCAGAUCAGUUUUAAACAGCAUUGUUCAUAUCGCAGACGAAUUUAGAAAAUGUCUCCUAAAGAUUAUUUGGGAAGCUUCUAUAUACUUUUUGUAUGUCUCUUUGGAAUAAAUUCAUUUCGGUUGGUAUGGAGUUGUGAGCAACAAACGAAUUGCUUUAAAACUUCUUCCGAUAUUGCGCGAUAUGAUAACUAUCGCGUUUAUCAUGUGGAAUUAGCUACGCAACAACACGUUGCUUUAUUCCAACAGCUGGAGGAAAAGAGUGACAGUUUCACCUUUUUUGGUCAUGCACGGCAUCCAAAACAGAAAUUAACGAUCAUGGUGGCUGCGCAUAAAGUAGCCGAUUUUGCCGAUUUACUUAAAACUUACGAUGUUAAGUACGAUGUGUUGAGUUAUAAUUUUCAAGAAAUUAUUGAUCGAAACCUUGCAGAAGUUCUUCCAAAAGAUAUUGAUCCGAAGAGUAUGGACUGGAAACAUUAUUUUCAUCUUGAAACUAUGUAUUCAUGGAUGAAUUUAUUGGUUCAAGAACAUCCUAAUGAUUUGACAAUUAUAAAUAUUGGAGAAAGUGCCCAGGGCCUACCGAUCAAAGGCAUUAGUCUCAAGAAAAACAAAAAUGACAACGCCACAACAAUAUUCGUAGAAAGUGGUAUUCAUGCACGAGAGUGGAUAGCACCUGCAACAGCAAAUUAUGUCGUGAAAGAGCUUCUUUCAUCAAAUGACACAGAAGUUCAAAGAUUUGCAAAAGGCUACAACUGGAUUAUCCUCCCUGUUGUCAAUCCAGAUGGUUAUAAGUAUACAUUCGAAGGGGAUCGCAUGUGGCGUAAAAAUCGUGAGCUCUUUGGAAUUUGUCGUGGUGUAGAUUUAAAUAGGAAUUUUCCAUUUCAUUGGAAUUCUACUGGUUCUAGUGGUGAUCCUUGUCGUUAUGAUUAUUCAGGACCUUCCGCUGCGAGUGAAAAGGAAACCAACCAACUGAUGAAAUUCCUUCAAGAAAAUUUGAUAGUCAACAAUAUAAAAACUUUUAUUUCGUUGCAUUCAUAUUCACAAAUGAUUAUGUUCCCUUAUGGGCAUACAGCAGAUCACGUAGAAAACUAUGAUGAUCUUUCAGCGAUUGGAAGAAAGGCUAGUGAAAAGAUAAAACAAGUAACCGGACGCAUUUACAAAAGUGGUAGCAUUUAUGAAAUCAUAUAUCCAUCAAGUGGUGGUUCAAAAGACUGGGCCCAUGGUGAACUGAAAAUGCCCAUAACUUUUUCAUUUGAAUUGCGUGGACCGCCCGACAGUAAGGAUUUAUUUAUUCUUCCGGCUGUAGAAAUUGAAUCUACUGCGCGGGAAGCAUUCGUAGCAAUAUUGACGAUUAUAGAAGAAUCUGAAUCAAGAGGAUAUUAUUCGUAAAAUUAUAGCGCACAUAGAUAUAUUUCAAUACUCACUCUUUUAUUAAAAUCAAAUUUUAUAAAUAAGGGUUGAUACCCUUCAAUGUAUAAGCUUUCUUAAAUGCAAUAAAUAUAUUUUGAUUUACUUCGAUCAUUAA